AUGUUGUGUCCAAUAUGUAGGAAAGAGUUCUCUGUUACCAGCAUAGGAAAUCAUAUUGAUUUGUGUCUCUCCUUAAUUAAUGCACUUCCAAAGGAAUCAUCUCAAAGUUUAAAGAGAUCUUUACCUUUUAACAAAACAGUUGAAACCAACUCAGUUAAAAAAUACAAAUCAAGUGCCAUGAAAAAUAUAUCAAGUAUGAAUCAACAAAAAGCAGUUUCAAGCAAAGAGCAUGUUCCUCUUGCUGAAAAAUUGAGACCUGCAUGCUUUGCUGACUACAUAGGCCAAGAACAAGUCAUUGGUUCUACUACUGUGCUACAGAAGUUAUUAACAAAAGGAUGUAUUCCUAGCAUAAUUUUUUGGGGUCCACCAGGAUGUGGAAAGUCAUCUUUGGCCAAUAUCAUAUCACGCUUGAGUAAAGAAAUAUGUGGAGAUAAAGUGCAUAUUACAAAGCUCUCUGCAACAUCAUCUGGUGUUAAUAAUAUUAGAGAUGUUGUGAAUGCAGCCAGAAAUGGAGACAAAUUAAAUCGAAAAACUAUUAUAUUUAUGGAUGAAAUACACCGUUUUAAUAAACUCCAACAAGACAUAUUUUUACCUCAUGUAGAAGCAGGGACAUUGACUUUAAUUGGCACAACUACUGAGAAUCCAUCUUACAGUUUAAAUUCUGCUUUAUUAAGUCGAUGUCGUGUAUUUAGUUUGAAUAAAUUAACAGUACCUAAUGUAAUGAAAAUUCUUUGUAAGGCAGUAUCAUUCAUUAAUGGAGAGAUAUAUGACCCCGAAAGUGAAAACUCACAAAAUAAGUUCAACUCAAAUCUAAACUCUGAUUUCAUUAUUAACAAAACAGUAAUUGAAUGGUUAGCAGAAGUAUGUGAUGGAGAUGCACGUGUUGCAUUGAGUGGCUUGGAAUUAGCAGUUAAAAGAAAAGUAUUAAAUAAGGCAAAUCCUUCUCAUCCUGUAUCAAUAACUCUUGAAAAUAUUAAAGAAAGUCUUAAACAAGCUCUAUCAGACAAACAAACAACUAAUACUCAUCAUUUAUAUUCUGCGUUACAUAAAUCAAUAAAAGGAGACAAUGCAAGUGCAGCAUUGUAUUGGUUAGCAAGAAUUAUGGCAAUCAAAGAAGAUCCUGUAGACAUAGCAAGACGUUUAGUAAGAAUAUCAGCUGAAGAUAUUGGUUUAGCAGAUCCUGAUGCAUUGGGAAUAGCUGUUCAUACUAUGCAUGGAUGCCAAAUGAUUGGAAUGCCAGAGUGUGAUCUACUUUUAGGGGAGUGUGUUGUUUAUUUAACAAGAGCACCGAAGUCAGAACUUAUACAUAAUGCAUUAGAGACGGCUAAAAAUAUUAUUAUGAAUCACCAUGGACCACAACCCGUAGUACCUUUGCACAUUAGAGAUAGAUCAGGGAAAAGAAAACUUGAAACCAUUUUGGGACCCCAUCAAGGAAGUUUGGUUCGAAAAGAGGAGAACAUUAAAACUCACUUACCAUUUGGUCUCCAGCACACCAAUUUCUUCCUAGACGAUUCCUGAAAAUUUCCUGCAUCUUUUGGUAAACUGCAUCAUCAUUCUGAAGGAUUAAUCAUUGUUGAAAU